AUGGAAUCACUGCUCAAGGAGCAAGAUGCUUUGCUGGAAGAAGUUGAAAGUGUUUUGCCCAAUCUCAAAACCAUACUCGGUCUUCGUGGUUGCACCUCGAGCAAUACAUGGAAAUCUGUCGAACUCUUGAUGCCUAAGACCUGGAAGUUGGUUCGGUUUUUCGAGAGCCAUUACAAAACAGCUCUCGAUUUCAACAAUGUAGAGUCCUGGCUGGAGAAUAUUAAAGAGAAGAUCUCCAAGCAUAAGGAACAUCUCAAGGAUCUUUCUGAGCAUGGGGUCAAUUUCAACGCUCUUUCGGAUCGGGACUUUGCAAAGUUAAACUUGGAAGAGAUGAUGAAGAAGGUGACUGUGGACAAGUCCCAAUUUAAAUUCAUGCAGGAAAUGAUGCCAAGUCUUUUUGGAGUGAACUGGGCAUCUCAGAGCGAUGCAAUCUACAGACGAGCAGAAAUCGAUUGGGAUUCGUCGAACAAAAAGAUACCUCUGGCGACCUUCAAGCUGAGCGUCAGCAAGAUUGCGAAUGAGGUCCUUGAUCUGUGGAAAACCCUAAGGGAAAGUGGAAGCAGAAUGGAAUCCUUUAAAGAGCAGUGGGACAAACUUCAACCUGAGGCACGAAAGAUCGUUCUCGAAAUCGGCUUGACCAAAACACAGUGA